AGCCUGUUGGCAGUACUGGCUCGUACUCGCGUCCGACUGUUCAUCGCGUCUGUUUGCGUUACGUUGCACGCUCGACGAUGAGCAGUGUUUUCUUUUCGCCCCGCGCGUACUGUAAAAUCAUUCUGCACGCAGCCAAGUACCCGCAUUGCGCGAUAAAUGGCUUGCUGCUCGGCAAGCAGAAGACCAAGGAUGGCAGAGCGGAUCUGUACAUCGAGGACGCGAUACCUUUAUUCCAUGUAUGCCUGCACGUCUCGCCAAUGGCGGAGAUAGCGCUCACUUUGGUGGACCAGCUAGCUGCGAGCAAAGGCCUUACACUGGCCGGUUAUUACCUUGCCAAUGAGAACAUAAAUGACCUAAGUACAGACAGACCAGCCCACAGAGUAGCCGACAAGAUCGCGGAAAACUUUAACAACGCUCUGCUGGUAGUGGUGGACAACCGAGAAGUGACUCUAGGUAUGGAAUCUAGUCCGUUGAGGAUUUCGCAGUCCGUGGAUGGCAAGUGGAAGCCAAAGGACGCUGCAAAUAUAAUUUAUGAGGGAGGCAUCGUGCACACGGACGCGAUGUACGCGCUGCUGAAAGCGGAGGAAUACAGGGAUCUAGUCGAUUUCGACAAUCACCUCGAUAACAUCAGCCUCGACUGGCAGAAUCAGAAACUGAACAAGAUCAUCGACGCGGCUGUCGAGUCGCACAAAUAAAGAGGCUACACGCGAACCAUAUGAAGAUUGUUUUAUUUAUGUGUUAUGUUGCACCCUGUAUGUCAUCGUAUGCAAAGUAACAAAUGUAUAUACGAGAUAGAGUUUAUAAAUGAAUAUCACUUGUUUUUA